CACGGAUGUCGGCGGACUUCGGCGCUCAUCGGUGUGAAAGCAAGAUAGCGCCAUCAAGGGGUCCAUGGUCGAACGCGCAAGCUCCCGGAGAGCUAGCGAUGCCUCCCGCGGCGGCGGAAAUCAGCUGAGCAAGCUCCGAUGGCGUGGCAGCUGUGCUCGAGACAAUACUGCUGAACCGUGCCUGGGAGCCUGCCUGGCGCAGACCCGCGUCCAUGAAGAGAGCUCGGGUAGAAGAUGCCGUCGUAGGCCCACUCGGAUGUGCCGAUGCUGGCGAGCGCGGCGAGCGAAGGACCGGCAGCCAGACCUCGCCGAGCCGGAAAGAAGAAAUAGUGGGAGGGGGAAGACGUCGCGUUGGCGCAUCACCACCUCAAGGCCAAAAACCGAAAUGCCCGUGCGCCAGUGGCUAACCCACCCUCCUCGCCCUUGAUGCCGCGGGCCUCCUUCUCCAGCCUCGCCGGCUGCCGCCCUUCAAGCGCUCUGCGACACUCCUUAUGGUGCCACCAUGAGCCCCUGGGUUGUGGCCACGCCUCGGCAAUAAUAGCCCUCAUCAUGGUAGUCCGCGGUGUUAUUUCUGAUGGCCAGCACGCGGUGACGUCAUCAUUCUUCGCAAAUCGGGGUCGGCCGCGUCACGAGCUCGAGGCUCGCAAUGCUCGAGAGGUCCACCUGGUCGUACCACAACGCCGUCUCGAAGAUCUUCGCCAGCUCGCGGUGGUUGGGCACCACCACGCCAUCCAUCUCCAACAGUAUGGUAAACCUCCACUGCACAUGGUCUCCGAGGGUGCUACCCCCGUUCUCGAGCCAGCAGACUGCCACCCAAUACACCGUGCGAGGUCCUGACACGACCCAGUCUGGCCACGUGACCCCGCGGCGGGGGGCCACGCCUGUCGCAGACAAGCGGAAUCACGUGCUGUUGAUGUCGUGGAACGCCGGGAGGGCGUGCAGAUCGGCCAACGUGAGAAGCAAGCCGGAGUUGUUGACCCCGAACCUUGCCCCAGCAGCUGACAACCGUUUGGCCCCGUCCUCGCGGAUGAGCGCUCGGCCAGGACCGAUGCGAUAAUUACCAAUGCCUGCUGUCGUCGUUACCCCCUUAGAACCACUCGAUGAACAAAACGUGGUCUGGCGAGACAACCGCAGCGUGGAGAGGCUCGACGGCCAACACAAUCACACGUCCAUGCAGAAGAGCAGCACCACCCAAUUCAUACUCCACAUACAGCUCACCCCCAAUGUUCACAGUCAGCUGGACGUGGCCUGUCGGCCUCGCCAGGCUGGACAGCGACAAUCAGCCAUCCUGGAGGAGCGUCACCUACUCGGCCACGGAUCCUCCACGCGCACCGAGCAACUACAGCGAAGCCCCCGGGACGGCCGCCGAUCGGUUGGCGGCCCACCUCAGGCCCAGCCAAGCGGAGCCCACACGGGCGUCAGUGGCCCAGGCCGUCCCGCGCGCCAGGAGCCACCCCGCGCAUGCAGGCGGCGAGGGAUCGUGGGCGAACGGAAGGCCCCCUUACGAAAAAGGUUUGAGCCCCAGCGGUUGCAGAUGCAGCCGCGCGGAC